AUGAAGCUCUCUACCUCCUUCGUUAUUAUUGCUUCAGUCACUAGCGCCAUGGCUGGCUGCUAUUCCGGAGGCCAGGCCUGGAUUGACGAUUGUAACAAGAAUGCGUUUCGUGGUGCUGUUAGAGACCUGUGUAAGGGUACGCUCUCGGGCUACUUCGACUCGCCUGGAAAGACCAAGUACGCUUGCGCCAAUAGCCCGUGCAAUGGUAUCAGGGCAAAUUUUGCUGUGGGCUGGAGGGGGAGAAGCGGAGGGUACAGCUUAGCCGAGAACGACUGCGUGACGCGGCUGAACAAUGAGAUCGAUCACUGCGAUCAUGGCGGCGAGUCCACCGUUGCUGACUGGUUUUUCCAGUCUGAUCCUAACUCGGGUUACUGCGGAUAG